UUUGUCAGUGCACGAAAUUAGACCAUUUGUCAUUUGUUAAAUAUUGUCGCAUCACAGUGAUGAGUUGUGUUCCCGAGGACCACAACUGUAACCUUCACCGGGAACCGGGACUACUACCCCUACUAACCUGGACGAGUCUUCCGCCGAUCGACCCAAAAACGCCGCUAUGGGUCAGAUUCAAACGUCGCCUGCGUGAGCUGAUGCUGCUGUCGCCCGAGCACCCGGACACCGGAACCUACUUCAAGAGCUUCGCUCAGGUCGCCAACGAGAAUAAACGGCUGAUUGAGAACUAUCCCGCCUGGACCAUUCAUCCGCUGAGUUUAUUCCGGAAGUACUGGGAUUUGGUGAUGUUCGUCGUUUCGCUGGUUCAUCUCACGCUGCUGUCGUUUGUGGUUAGCUACUUGAUCUAUAUGGAUGUGGCCUAUUUUCCAGCGAUCAUUCAAUUCGAUGUGAUUCUUUGUAUUAUCCUUGCGACUGAAGUAGUGAUGAAGUUUUUUACCGGUUUCGUGGUGGAAUAUUCCAAAGAAAUUGUUCUCGAGCCCGGUCGGAUUGUAUGGAAUUACUUGAAGAGUUUCCGGGUGCUGUACGAACUGCUUGGUGUCCUACCGUACAUCGUACUGCUCUACAAGUUCGACGAAUGCUACUACAAAUCGGACCAGCUAUUUUAUCUCGUUUCGGUAAUUUGUCUGUACAUCAUACACAUCUUCCGUUUUCGGGAGAUCAAUCGAUACUUUGAAGUGAUCCCAAAAUUUUCCCAAGCAUCCGCUAACAAGAUCAAAGUGAUGAAUCUAAUCAUUGCGACAACUUACGUUCUACAUUGGACGUCCUGUAUUGCAAGUAUUAUACCCAUGCUGGCGUUCUAUUCAUCCAGUGAGGAAGAACUCCCAAAAUGGAACGACACUGAAUAUUUGAUUGGCAACUUUCUUGUCGACAUGUAUUGGGUACGAAACCGAGAGCAAGCUGGAGCUGGAUAUCUAGUAGAUCGUCAGCGUUCGAUGAUGACCGGGGGUGACUUCGAGAGUUUCCGUCAAUUUUUACGUUCAUCGAAAGAGGUGGUAGCGCGAUCUAUGGACUACCGUUUUCUGCUAUCGAAGCUGGAUGACACAUAUCGGAACGAGACUCUGCUGGAACAGUACCUUCGCUCAAUGAUGGAUACGAUUCAGGUGGCGUUGGUGUCGAGUCAUGUGGAGACAACCGGACCACAGGCCACGCACACGAUAAUGACGAUGUACGUAGUGAUGGCUGGGUGGGUUUGGUUGACCUAUAUUCUGCUGGAAAUGAUUCGGAUUGUCAUUGCGCACGAUUUGAGUGAAACAAAGUACGAUGAAAUCGUUAACGAGUUAAAGGCUUUCUCCCACCGAAAGAAGCUAGGGGAGGAAUCCAAGGACAAAAUACUGCGGCAUUUUUUUAAUCGCUACAAGAUGCGAUACUUCGACGAGGAAGCGAUUCAGAAUACUAUUUCCAACAACCUGCGGCGAAGUAUUAGGAUGGAAACCUGCCAACAUUUGGUGAAGAACGUGGAGUUGUUCCGAAAUCUGCCCCAUGCCUUGAUCGAAGAGAUAGUCGAUCGCUUGAAGCUGGAAGCCUUCCUGGAGAACGACGUCAUUAUUCAGGCGGACACGUUCGGUGAUGCGAUGUACUUUAUCGCCAGCGGAACGGCGGCCGUGUACUCGGUUGGUGGUAAAGAAUUGGGCCAUCUUACGGACGGGGCUCACUUUGGAGAAAUCUCACUGUUGCAAAAGGAUCAGAAGCGCACGGCCAGCGUGAUUGCGCUGGAGGCGUGCGAAGUGUACAAGCUGUCCUAUGCAGACUUUCAGCUACUGAUCGAACCCCACUCGAACCUGCUGCGGCAGAUGCAGAAGCUGGCCGAUGAACGGCUGGCUAAGGUGCAGGGUGUUAGAGAUAAGGUGUCUGAGGAGGAGGUUUAUGAGAAUUUUUUGCAAUAAAUCAGUUAUAGA